AUGGGAGUCACUGGACUGUGGCGGUUAAUAGAGCCGGCAGGCAAGCCUGUACCGGUAGAGACUUUGGAGAACAAAGUCUUAGCCGUAGAUAUUUCAAUAUGGUUGCAUCAGAUGGUGAAAGGUUACCAAGAUGCAAAAGGCGCACCAUUGCCAAAUGCACAUCUCAUGGGACUUUUCCAACGCUUGUGUAAACUAUUGUACUUUAGAAUAAAACCAGUAUUUGUCUUUGAUGGUGCAUUUCCUGAACUCAAGAAAGAAACUAUUGCAAGAAGGCAAGAUAACAAAGCAAAAUAUAACUCUGAAUCAGAACGCAUUAAGAGGGAACUUGCUUUGCUACUGAGCAAGAAAACUGCUAUUAAGAGUUUGUUGGGCAAAGAUAUUUCUCCAAGUAAACAAAAUCAAAAUGUAUCCCCAAGCAAUCAACAGAUAUCUUCGUCAAACAGUGAUGACUUGUUCAAAUUACCAGCAUUGCCUCAAAGAGAGAAAGAGAGUGAGUCAGAAUCUGAAGAUGAAAAAGAUUCAAGCAAUUCUAGCAUUGAUCUCCACACUGUUAAUAUUGAAUCAGAAUCCUUCAAAAGUUUACCAGUGAAGGAGAAGUAUGAUAUCCUAAUGGACUUGAAAGAGACACGAAAACAAAGUUCCUGGGGUAAACUUCAUGAGUUACCUAAAAAAAGUGAUAACUUUUCUGAUUUUCAAAUGCAACGGCUACUAAAACGAAGAAAAGUUCAAGAAUGUAUAGAAGAGACUGAAAAAGAAAUGGGUGAUUGUGGAAUGUCACUUAAUGAUUUAGAAUGUUUAUUAAAUGAGGAGGGUAUUGACACAAAAAUUGAAACAUUGCCCACCAGAAGGAUUGCAUCCAAUGUCACAUCUAGAUUUUUACUUAUCAAGGAUGUUAAACAGGCUUUAGCUGAUGCUAAAAAGAAACAGGAUAGAGAAGAAAAUAAACCAGGACCGAGCAUUGCUGCAGUUCAAGGAACUGGUUCAACUGAAAGUAAAUCAGAAAAAAUUGAUGAGCUUGAAGACGAUUUACAAAAAGCAAUCAAAAUGUCCUUAGAAUGUGCUGAUAAACCAAAUGACAGUACUAGUUCUAAAAAAGAUGACUCAUGGACAUCGUGCAUGACAGAUACUGAUUCAGAGUAUUCUGGAACUGAUUCUGAAGAAGGUGAUGGCUUUGAACAAUCAGAUAUUUCUUGUGCCAAAGCUUACAUUAUGCAGUACAGUGACUUAACUCAUAAAGCUAUUGAUGAACUAGUGACAAAAAAAGGCAAAGAUAGAAUUAAACAAAAGCUCCCUAAAGCUGACGAAAUAAUAGAUGAGCUUAACAAAGAGAAAUCAAUAAUUGUCGAUAACGUAAACAUAUCGUCUAGUGAUGAGGAAUGUGUCCAAGAAGAUAGAGUAUAUAGAAGUAACGAAAAAAUUAGUGAAGUGAGUGUUGAUUUCGACACAGUAUUAGACUCUGAGAAUUUUGAUAAAAGUGUAAAUGCUACCCAAACAUCAGUAAUCUGUGUCGAGAAUCCAACAUCCGAUAUCAUAAGCCUUGAUAGUAGUACAGAAAAAAUUGAUUAUACUGAAAGUGAUGCCAAGAUAUGUGAAGUUAAGAAAGAGCCUAACUUAAGUGAAAAUGAAUUUGAUGAAAUUGCAAGUAUUGAAAGUAAAGAAGACACAGAUUCAGACAGUGAUUUUGAAGAAGUACCUGAUACAGUAUUAGAAGCUACAAAGCCUGUUAUAGAAUUAACGUUAAAUGUAGGCACUGCACCUGACGAUGACAUUUUUGAAGAUGUGUUUACUGAUAAAAAAAAUCAAAAUGAGAUAGUUCAAUCUACAAAUGAAAAGAAACUGAAAACUGAGUCUAAAAAUAGUGAAUCUGAAACAAGUGUCCAAGUGUCAGAAGAAAUCCUAAAUGUAGCUCCAAUGAAAAAUAUCAAGAUACCAGAUUUUGCAAGUAACUUAAAAGUACAAGUCAUGAAUAAAAUUGAGGGUGAAGAUGAAAAAAAACGUGCUGAUGAUUUACCUAAUCAUGUACAACAAAUUAGCGAGGCAAAUGAUGUAUAUGAUGAUUCCUUGAAACAUAGAUCACCUAAUGAUGAUGCAAUCAUUGCUCAUAGAUUUAACAUUACUAGAGAUGAUAGCAAUUCCGCAAAAGAAGUUAUAAACACAGAAACACUUAAUUCUAUGGUAGAAGAAAUGCAGAAUAAGGAACAAGACUUAAUCCAAGAGAAGGGGCGCUUGGAUCGCGUUGGUCGAAAUAUUACAGAACAAAUGACGAAAGAAGCUCAAGAACUGCUUCAAAUAUUCGGGAUUCCUUACAUUGUUGCUCCUAUGGAAGCAGAAGCUCAGUGCGCAUUUCUUGAAACUGCAAAAUUAACAGAUGGAACCAUAACAGAUGAUAGCGAUAUUUGGUUAUUCGGCGGAAGAACUGUGUAUAAGAAUUUUUUCAACCAGAAAAAGCAUGUGUUGCAGUUUCAAGCUGAGAGAAUUGAGGCUUCAUUUAAUUUAAAUAGAGAGCAAUUAGUACUGUUAGCACUACUAGUGGGUAGUGAUUAUACCACAGGAGUCACUGGCGUUGGGCCGGUUACUGCUUUGGAAAUUUUAGCCUCUUUUCCUAUCAAUAAACGACAACUCCUUAAUGAAACUACAAAACUAGGUCGAUGUGCGCAAAUGAUAAAAGGCCUGCAAGAGUUUAAGCAAUGGGUAAAGGCUGGUAAAAGAACUGAUAACAUUAGUCUUAAGAAAAAAUUAAAAAAUGUUACAUUGACUGAAGACUUUCCAAGUACUCGAGUGGUCCAAGCUUAUUUAGAACCUAAUGUAGAAAAAAACGAAGAUAAGUUUACAUGGGGCGACUUAGAUGUCACAAUUCUCAGAGAUUACACUAAGACCAAGUUUGGAUGGUCUCAAAGCAAAUUAGAUGAAAUUAUUAAGCCAGUUCUAAAACGAGUAAUUGAACGUAAAACACAGAAGUCCAUGCAAGACUUCUUCAAAAGGAAAAUACAAUUCCAACCUUUAGAUGAACAAAUGAGUAAAAGAGUGAAAGCCGCUGUUCAAAGAAUGGGGCCAGAAACAGCAGAACUUAGCAGUGUGAAUGUAGAAAAUAAUAAAACCAUUGAGAAAGUUAAACAAAGUGUUAAACGCAAGGCUAAAUCAGCUGCACAAAGUUCGGCUGGACCUUCCGUUAGUAAGCAAAAGAAGAUUAAUGAAAAUAAUGUACUUAUGAAGCAAGGUGUGAAAGUUGUCUCAUUAUUAAAGGAAGAUGGUAAAUCUGAGCUUGAAAUUAGGAUUCGAAAGACAGAUCGUUGCCAAGAAAUUAUUCCACAGAGGGAAAAGGACAAACAAAGUCUACUGGAAAAUAAACUUAAGGCUAUAGAGUUAUUUAGAAAAACUAAAUUAGAUAAGAAAAGGAAGGUAUUCAAGAAAAAGGCGUUGCAACCAAAAGAUAAGGCUGAACUCUCAGAGAGUGACAGUGAUUAA